UCUAGAGUAUAAAGCCUUUCACAGGUAUAUCCAGCAGCAGGUGUAUCUAUGGAACUAGAGCGAGAGAGAUAAAGGGAGAGAAACAAGGUAAAGAAGGAGAUAAACCGUGGAGUAUAUUGACAAAAUCUUGGAGUGAAUCACAAACACUGGACUCUAAAACAAACAGUGGAUUACUAUUGAUCUAACACCUUCUCAUUGCUGCCUGUCGGUUGCCUCAGAAUCAGAGAGCCCAUGUCGUCUGCCAGUGAGCUGUGUAGGAUCUUGACCAACGCCAACAUGACCAUGUACCAGACUGGAAGCUCUGAACCCCUGCAGCCUCAGCCGCUGCAGCCCAGUCUCACCACCGUGUCUCUGCCCGCCACAGGAGACCUGCUGCAGCUCUCAGACCUCUCCACAUGCAGCUCGAGCAUACUGGUUCAAUGGUAUGACCAGAACCCUCAGUACUGGAGCAAGCAGAAUGUGUUGGAGUGGAUCAGCUUCUAUGUGGAGGGCAAUAAGUUUGAUGCCAGCACACUGAGCCUAUCCUGCUGCUUCAUGGACGGAUCCACGCUCUGCCAACUGACCAGAGAUCAGUUGUUAAACAUGUUUGGAAUGUCCCUCGGGGCUCAGCUCUACCAAAGCCUGAUGGAACUCAAGGCCAAAUAUGAUCUAAAUGAGACCUGUAAGCUCCUGGACAACUUCCUGCAUGAGUUUCUAGACUUUCCUCUGCUCAGCACAGUAGAAGUAAAUGAAGUUGUGAAAGAGACAAGCUACAACGAUUUCUCACACGUCUUCAAGAACUUCAACUUCGAUAACAUGAAGCCGCUCAGCGACCACGGAUACGAGUCCGACAGCAUGCACAGCUCCUCAUCAGGUGGAAUGCUCAGCUUCCAGAACCCCAGCUCUCCAGAAUCCAGGAGCAGUGAGUCCGACCCAGAGUUCUCCUACCCUCAGAUAGCCAAAAUGCACAUAAAGACAGAGAGGGGAGAGAUACUGAAGAGAGGCAGAGGAAGACCUCCCAAACACAGCCACGAUCCCAGACACUACCAGACCUCCAAGAAGAGCAAACAUGCGCCCCGUGGGACCCACCUGUGGGAGUUCAUUAGGGACAUCCUGAUCCACCCAGAGCUGAACCAGAACCAGGGACUUAUGAAGUGGGAGGACCGCAGUGAGGGCGUCUUCAAGUUCCUCAAGUCUGAGGCUGUGGCCCAGCUGUGGGGGCAGAAGAAGAAGAACAGCAGCAUGACAUACGAGAAGCUCAGCCGUGCCAUGAGAUACUACUAUAAGAGAGAGAUCCUGGAUAGGGUGGACGGUAGACGGCUGGUCUAUAAGUUUGGGAAGAACUCCACCGGCUGGAAGGUGGAAGAGACCAGGCUGCAUGGCAUGUGAGACACAAGAGUGGCGGGGGUGUUAACUGGACAGAGCAGUCCCUUCUGUCCUAUUGUACUGUAGAUAGGUCAACCCACUCUCUGGUCAACAGCCCUAUACCUGAAAUAAUAUAAAGACACUAACUUCUCUUCUUCCAGGGGAGGUGUUGCAGAAAAGCCAGUGUUUUUGGCUCCAGUAGGUUUUAUGAACCAGUAUUGAUAUUUUACUGUAACUAGUAUGUUUGUAUGUUUAACUGUGUAUCUGGAUUUUGGGUCAGGAAUUGUUGUGGAUGCCGCUUUGGGCCUACAAGAUGGAAUGUCUGUUUUCAGUUAUAUUCUCCAUGGGAUAGAUAAUGAGAAAAAGGCAUUUAUGAUUGCAUUUAUAGAAACACUUUAUAUUGUGUGGGAGUAACUCACCUUAUGUGUCACUAUGACAACCACCUGGGUAUAUGGGCAUUAUAGUUUUUACUGUGGCAAUAUCAGCACCGGGCACAUAUAUUGAUCUGUUUUUGAAGUGCUUGUUUAUUUAUAUGUUUUAUAUUUACUGAGGGACAGUAGCACUUAACUAUAAUUGCAUAUGUCUAAUUGCAAGACGGCUGGUUGCAAAACUUGUGACUUCUAAAAUGAGCCAUUGUUUAGAAUCAAAUCAAAUAACAUUUUAAUUGUCACAAGAAGUGUAGACUUGCAGUGAAAUGCUUACUUACAGGUCCAUUUCCAACAAUGUAGAGUUAAAGAUAAAGAUUAUAGUGUUUUAAAAUAUUAAAAAAGAGAAGAGCCUCAUGUUGUGUUUUAACCUUGGUAUUAAAGGGCUUGUGUUUAAUGAUAAAUCUGAUAUGGAGGGAGGAGAUAACUGGAGGACAAAAAAGAGAGAGAGAAGAGAGAGAGAGGAGUAACUAAAUGAAGGGAUACUCAUUAUAAACUAUUGGUGACAUGAAGUGUAUUUCGCUCUUUCAGCGUGAAUGUUGUCUAUAAAGUAUAUGUCCUUUAUAGCCAUAUAAAUAUUCAUGUACCUCACCAGACCAAACCGACAUCAAAACAGUUUGUAUUAAUAAUCAGUUUCAAACAAAUCAAUGACUGUUCUAUAUAAUUGUUUAUUAUGUUAUUCAGCUGAUCUUUACUUCUUCUGGAUCACUCAAUAUCAUGUGUAUGAGAAUUACAUCUCAGAUUGUAUCGUUUCUGAUAUAUUUACACCCAUGUAUGUACAGGAUAUUGUUUUAUUUUGUGUUAGAUUUGUUUAUUUUUUAUUUUUACGGAAAUAAACUAUGUUUGAAAUAAU